CUACGGUUAUGAAGAAGCUAAUAGGAGUACAACAAGUAUGUAUAAGGUAAGGAUUUGUGUAUAAAUAUGCAAAGGAUGGGUAGGUAAUUGGCGCAGUGCAACACACAAGCUUCUGAUCUCUAGCAUACAAAUAACCAACAUCCGAACUUCCGAUCAAGGUACUGAAGGAAAAAAAUGGCCUCAGCACAAGAAACAGUUGUGAUGAAUGCACAAGACAAAGAGAUUGUGGAGAAGAUGGUAGAGGUGGCGAAAAACAUUGGGAUGAAACAGAACAAUGGUGCAGCGGCCAAUAGUCAACAACAAAACAGUGCAGUCGUCUCGAUGAUGAACUCCACCCCUGGAAGGGUUAAUUUUUCAAUGAAUCAGGAUUGGCAUGGGGAAGUGAUGACUGGUGAAUAUCCUUCGGUCAUUGAUGUCAGCAAAGGCGACAGCUUUACUCAUUCGGCGACAGAUAACGAUGGAUCCAAGGGAGCCGUAGUGUACUUGGGCAACAACAGUACUGCUAAAAGUUGUGCAUGGCUAUUGGCUUGGUCUGCUCCCAAAUUUCCCACCACCAACAAUCCUAACAAGGUUUACGUCAAAUGUGGCGAUGCCACUGAUUUCCAGAAUAUUAAUUGGAACCAAAUCGAAGCUUCUCUCGACGUAUCAUCCACUUUCUCGAGCUUCAUGGAACCAAUUACCAAGACCACCUGCAGUGCUAACAUCCUCCCUGGCAAAAACUUCGCAUCUGUUGGUGCUAAUUUUGGAACUAUGUAAUUCUACGUACUUUCGUUCGUAAUUAGUAUGCAUGGCUCACUCAUCAUAAUUAACAUGCAUGCAUGUAUGUACGUGCUUUAAUUAUUUGUUAGUUAGUUUCUUUCCUAGCUAGCUAACUAGCUACGUACCAUGCAUGCACAUCUAUGUUAUAUCUAUUUACUACUUCAAUAAUAAUGAGCCCUACGUUAUUAUUAGUUUCA